GAAAAAACUGUCGUCCAGCAAUCACAUUUUCUUCGUCAUCGACGGAAAAAGGACGGAGAACGACAUACUAAACCCGGCACCGAGAAGGAGAAGUGAGUCAGACGCAUUCACCGAAGUCACUUCUCGUUCUCGAAAUAAGAGCGCGUGAUCCACGAUAAGAUGCCCGCUCUUGCCCCCUUCUUGAGGGCAGCAGGACGACCCUGACAGCGAACACAAGAACUCAUUCAAUCAAUCGUCAACCCUGUAUAUGAUAAACAUACCAUGUAUUCGGAAAGUUCCUCCAUGGCUCGCUCGGUGGGCAGCUCGAAAACGUACUCCUCGAAUUUGUCCUUGUCUGGAAGGAAUUCGCCUAGCUUGUCCUUCGGCCAUUUUGGGCGGAUCUCCUCGCCCUGAGGGAUGCACCAAACGAUCACAAAUGGCGUCUUGCUGAACUUCAUCGCUUUGCCGCAUCUGAGUCUGCGAAUCAAGUCCUCGUUGAACCCACUGGCCUCGUGGUUGGUGUCGGUUGUUGCCCGGAAGAGGUACACCGUAUCGCCCUCCACGUAGCUGACCACACACACACACACAAGCACACACACACACACACACACACACACAGAGAGAGAGAGAGAGAUGUGUGCAUGGGUGAUCGGCUAUCUCGCACGACAGCAAUGCAGUUAUGGAACCGUACAGCGAAUCGAUGUCCUUCUCAGAAGAGGGCACCCAGAAUCCCUCCUCGUAGACGUUGUCGUACGUCUUCGCGUCGUUGCCCAAGAACACACGGGCCUCCCUCUUCGGCAGUUUGCUGCCCUCGAGUGUCAGCGUCCGCAGGAAGUGCGGCUUCUGAGUGCUUUCUUGACCUUCGUACAUCCUCUCUGCCCGAGGGAUGUUUCUGACGCGCUCCUGGUGCUUCUUGAUUGGCUCGAGAGAGAUCGGGUUUCUGGUGCAGGCCAGAAAGACGUUGACGAGACUCUCGAAGAUCUUGCCUUUCUGUUGGCCUCCUGGUGUAGGGUCUUCGACAAAAUCCAACUCGGACCUCAAUUGUCCCUUAGACAGCGUCAAGGCCCACUGCAUGCCGAUGAAGCUCGACCGCCAGACGAUCUUGGCAUCGCUAUAGCUGUAGUCGUCUCUUGAGCAAUCGAGAGAGAGGAGCGCGCUCGCGGGGAUGUCAUCAGCUGGGAUGCCUCUCGGACCUUCUCCUGUCCAUCGCCGUAUAUCGUUCAACUUGAGGCCCUGGAGGGCUCGACUGGCAGCAGUCCGGAGCUCUGGCAGCGGGUUGACGCCCUUCAGCAGCGGCAAGUAGUCACGAACGAUGCCUCCCGCGUACAUCCGAAUCUGAUCACAUCAUUAUAACACACAUCCAUGAGCCAUCAUAACAUCGCCAACAGGUUGGAUGUGUGUUACGACCUCGUCGAGCUCGUCGGACUGAUCAAGCCCUGUGGUGCCCUUGCUGCUCUCGAGCAGUGCAUCGAUCUCGCCGGAAGUCCAGAUAGGCAUCACCAGGUCCACUGACGCGUACUUCUUGUAUUCGUUGUAGUUGCUGGAAGGGAAGGAGAAAAAUGAAAUGAUUCGGACAUGCAGCACCCAGCUGCCUACUCCUUGCGACUCGAUGCAGCCAACAGCGCCGGGCCCUUCCAAAAACGGAAGUCUUUCCCCUGAGAUGGCCAGAGAAAUCACAAAGUAAUCACCCUUUUCGCGGAUGAGACUUUCUCAGAGAAGGUCUCACCUCCCAGCCGUCGAGGAGCAGCCAGUUGCGCCUGCCCCUCUCGAGGCUGAAGAUGACCUCAUCACGCUUUGCCGAUGGGACACUCUCAGCCCGGAAGGUCUCACCAGGACCAGCAGUUAACUCUAUGAUCCGUGAAUAGAGCCUCGACGUGUUGUCCUCGUAUACGAUAGUCCAGCCGUCCUCCUCGUUCGUCUUGUGCUCAAGGUCCUUCUUCAGCUUGUGCUUGAGGCAUGCCAAGAAGAAAAGAAGAAAAUAGGACUUUCCUACAUGCGACACACACACGAUGCCAACGAAACACAGGCAUCAUCUCCUGUCCAACUUACCGACUCCAGGUGAGCCCCUCAGGAGAGCUUGAAGGCCAGGCACAUCCAGGGGACGCUUGUCGGCGAUGUCCAUGAUGAUCCGCGCGAUGUCGACGUAGGCCUUGUGAACGAUGAGUGUCCUUCCGGGCGCCACAGUGAUUUCGGUGCCGACCAGGUGUUCUUUGUCAAGAUCUUGCGGCUCGACCUCUUCCCAGAAUCUCUCGAGCUGUUCUCCUGUCAACCGCCAUAUAUCCCUCAUGGGAUCUUUGCGCUCUGGUCCUCUUUCAGACACAUGCAGCUGAAGGAACAAAACAAAAACACUGGUUUCGGAGAAGCUACACAACUGAAUUCAAGCACACAUACCUGUGUCUGAUGGGCGUGGUGGUGAGCUGGAGUGCCCACCGGCACUUCUGCGGGCAUGAGGAAGGCAGCGGGAGCUGGAGCAGGAGGCGCGUGGCGCUUCCCAUGAACCACGACAACGAAGAAGCAAAACGCUAC